AUGGAUACUGAGAUAAAGCCAUGUUCUUCUCUUUCUAUCCUUCUUCUCUUCUUUCUCUUCUCUUCUCUCAACAUCCAACACUGUGGAGCAGCUGAUAACCUCUCUUUCGGCGAGGCCCUCUCUGGAAACCAGACCAUAGUGUCCAAAGAAGGCAACUUUGAGCUGGGGUUCUUCACACCAGGUAACUCUCGUAACUACUACAUAGGCAUCUGGUACAAAACAAUUCCAGGCCAAACUGUAAUCUGGGUUGCGAACAGAGAAACACCCAUCUCCGACACCUCCUCUGCCGAGUUAAAAAUCUCAGAAGAUGGCAAACUAGUCCUCCUAAACAGUUCCAAAAUCCCAGUUUGGUCAUCCAAUUCUACUGCAUCAACCUCAAAUUCCACAGUUGCAGUGCUUCUUGACACCGGAAAUCUUGUUAUACGAAAUGGAGUAACCUCAAAUAGGCAUCGAUUAAUUUGGCAGAGUUUUGAUCACCCAACCGACACCGUAAUGCCCGGAGGAUGUCUUGGACUUAACAAGAUCACAGGGGAGCGUCAAAGCAUCACUUCAUGGGAGAAUUCUGAUAACCCUGCCCCCGGGCCUUUCACAGGAAGCACGGACCCUGAUGGAUCCAAUCAGUUUGUAUUGCUGUGGAAUGGUUCUGAAAUUUGGCGCUGUGAGCUUUGGAAUGGCCAGUUCUACCCUCCAAUCCCUGGUACCCAAUCAAGCAGUCCCAUAAAGUUCACCUUCGUCAACAACAAGCAGCGGAAUUGUGCCAUGUAUACCGUCCUCGACAGUUCUUUCAUCACUCGGUCUGUGAUUCAUUCAUCUGGGCUGUUAAGGCAAUGGUUUUGGGUGAACAGCACCCAGGAGUGGCGGACAUACUAUACCGUACCUUAUUUUCAAUGUGAUGACUCUCAAUGUGGAGCUUUUGGAAUCUGCGACCAGCAAAGCCCCAAUAUUUGCAGGUGCUCCUAUGGUUUCGAACCAGCUUCAGCGAAAGAAUGGGAGCUCAAUGUUUGGAGAUCAGGGUGCGUGAGGAAAACCAGUUUGCGAUGCGGUAAUAAAAGCUCGGCCGAUGGAGAAGGGGAUAAAUUCUUUGAGAUGACCCAUAUGAGAUUGCCUGCCAAUCCAUGGUACUUGACCGUUCGGAGUGCUGAAGACUGCGAACAGGCUUGCUUGAACAACUGUUCUUGUAACGCAUAUGCUUAUGGGGGUGGAUGCUCCAUUUGGACUGGGGACCUUCAGAACCUUGAACAAGUCUAUGAUGGUGUUUAUGAAAAGGAGACCCUAAACUAUGAAGAGGUUGUUGGUGUGCUCAGAUCUAAUGAACAAAGAGAGAAGAUCCGCAAAAAAGAUCCUAACUCUGAGGUCUUGGCUGUGAAUGAAUGA